CAUACCUCGUCCAUCCCGCCAACGCCUGCUCUGCCCGGAUUUGCCUCAGUCCCGCACCUCCGGUCCUGCUCCCUCCCCUGCAACAGCAGCAUGGCGUCCCUCCGCUGCGCCACCCGGCUCGCUAGCCUAACCAGAGUCAGCCAAAGCGUCUUCGCCAGGCUUCCCGGCUUCGCGGGCGGCCAGGCGCACACAGCGGUGCGCGCGUCUCCGCUGCUGGUGCGGGCCUGCGCCGCGGCUGCAGAGCUCGCCAAACAGCCGGUCCUGGACAACAAGAUGUUCUGUUAUCAGUGUGAGCAGACCAGCAAGGGCACGGGCUGCACCACGGUGGGCGUGUGCGGCAAGACCCCCGAGAUGGCGUUCCUGCAGGACCUGCUGACCUACAGCCUCAAGGGCCUGGGCUGCUGGGCCGACUUUGCGCGCCAGCAGGGCGUGGAGGUGCCCCGCAAGGUCUACUCCCUGCUGAACGCAGCCACCUUCGCAACCCUCACGAACGUGAACUUUCACGACGCGCGGUUCAAGGAGUACAUCUCCACCUGCCAGUCCCUGCGCGAGGGCCUCGAGAAGAGCCUGCGCGACAAGGGCAUCGAUGCCUCGCCCCCCGCCCCCGUCAACCUGCCCUGGUUCGACCUGCUGGCCCACCCCGCAGCGUGGAAGCUGAACCAGAGCUACCUGGCCGCCGCCUCCAUGGACCAGCUGACGCAGCUGGGCAAGAUGACGUCGCUGGAGCACCGGCGGCAUGUGGUGGACCCCACGCUGCUGGGCUUGCACGAGAUGAUCACCUACGGCCUGCGCGGCCUGGCUGCCUACUCGCACCACGCAGAGGUGCUGGGCCACCGCGACCCCGAGGUGGAUGAGUUCAUGGCCCGCUGCUACGCCUUCCUGUGCUCUGAGGAUGCCCUGGACCUGGGCAAGACCCUGGGCAUGGUUGACGAGCUGGGGGCGGUGGGCGUUAAGGGCAUGCAACUGCUGGACAAGGGCCACACCACCAAGUUUGGCCACCCAGAGCCCACCCAGGUCCGCAUCACCCCCAAGAAGGGCAAGGCCAUCCUCAUCAGCGGGCACGACCUGCAGGAUACUCACGACCUGCUGGCACAGACGGAGGGCACGGGCAUCAACGUGUGGACCCACGGGGAGCUGCUGCCCGCCCACGGCUACCCCGCGCUGAAGAAGCGCUUCCCGCACCUGGUGGGCAACUACGGCGGCGCCUGGUACCGCCAGCAGAAGGACUUUGCCGAGUUCCCGGGUGCCGUGCUGAUGACGACCAACUGCAUCGUGGAGCCGCGCCAGUCGUACGCGGAUCGCAUCUUCACCACCGGGGAGGUGGGCUGGGCUGGGGUGCGCCACAUCGAGGGCGAGAUGGGGCGGACCAAGGACUACUCUGCGCUCAUCAGCAAGGCACAGGAGCUGCCCGGUUUCGAGUACGAGCCGCCCGAGAGCGAGGCCAAGUUUGUGACCACCGGCUUUGCGCGCAACGCGGUGCUGGGGGUGGCCGGGGAGGUGGUGAAGGCGGUGCAGGAGGGACACCUCAAGCACAUCUUCCUCAUCGGCGGCUGCGACGGCUCCGAGCCUGACCGCAAGUACUUUGGGCGUGUGGCCGACGCCACUCCCCAGGACACCAUGGUGCUCACCCUGGGCUGCGGCAAGUUCCGCUUCUACGACCACGACUUCGGCAUGCUGCCCAACACCCCGCUGCCCCGCCUGGUGGACAUGGGCCAGUGCAACGAUGCCUACAGCGCGGUGGUGGUUGCCAGCAAGCUUGCCGAGGUGUUUGGCACAGACAUCAACGGCCUGCCGCUGUCGCUGGACCUGUCCUGGCUGGAGCAGAAGGCGGUCAUCAUCCUGCUGUCGCUGCUGCACCUCAACGUCAAGAACAUCCGCAUAGGCCCCAGGGCGCCCGCCUUCCUCACCCCCGAGGCGCUCAAGGUCAUUGUGGACAAGUGGAACUUGCAGAUUGUGGACACCAAGAACCCCGAGAGCGACGUGCAGAAGAUGAUGGCGGGGCAGUGAGUGCGCCCCCCUUUUCCAGCCGCAGGAGAGGAGAGCACGCAGACGAGAGCGCAUCCCUCCGAGUUUCAGCCAGCCAGCCAGCCCUGUUUUGUUUCCUGUUUAGUGUGUGCAGACGCUACGACUUCCAACCCACUCCCUCCUGACCUGAACACCAGCAAAUUACAAAUUUUGAUCCCUCUCAAUUCUUCCUUGCAAGGCCACUCUCCUGGUAACGCACGCCUUUACAAAACCGCAGCGAAAACCAAGA